GCUGGAAGAUGUGGAUGUGACUUUGGACAAUUACUUUCGGCCAUUAUUGCUUACAUCGAUUCUUUGAUUCCGAAUGUUGGACUUUUUCAAACGACAAUUUCACCGAGACAUAACAUUAAAGCAAUCACACUAAAGAAAUGGCGGGAUAAAACUGGUGAAAAUAAGUGUUUAUUAUAUUUUGUCAUUCCAGGCUUAGAUUUAUUUCAAAUUUAUUCUGUUCAACGUUUUAUCAUAAAUAACGAAACACAAGCCCUUGAUUUUGUAGAACAAUAUGUACUUGAGAUUGUUCUGAAAUCAUAG